AUGUUAAGGGAGUUGUUUUAUAGAAAUCCGACGAAGAUGAAAGUGGUUAUUGCUCUCGGUGUAGUUGCCGGAGCACUUCUUAUUUCAACCAUUGUCCUAGCUGCUCUGUUAGGCAAUGCAAAGAAAAGUACAUCGACUACAACAGCAACAAAUGAUGAGUUGUGUUUAACACCCUAUUGUGUCAAAGCAGCGAAUUAUAUUUUGGAAAGUAUUGACGAAACAGUCAAUCCCUGUGAAAAUUUCUUUGAGUUUGCUUGUGGAACAUGGUUGAAAAACAAUCGUAUACCUGACGAUGCGGGAUCACAAGACACGUUCAACGUCCUACGAAAUCAAUUGGAUAAUGAUAUUGUUGAUAUCUUGACCCUACCGCUUCCAACUGGCAUGACAAAUAUUCAAUGUAUCAACAAUACUCGUGUUCUCUAUGAUUCGUGCAUCGAUGAAGCGACCAUUGAAGCAACCGGUGUCAAUACGUUGCUCUCGGCAAUCAACACCGAGUUUGGCGGUUGGCCAAUACUUCAGAAUUCUGCCUGGAAUGCUUCGACGUAUAAUCUAAGUGUUUUACUACAAAAAUUACGUGAAUACAAUCAAAAUAUAAUCUACAGUUUUGGAACGUCUAUCGAUGAUCAGAAUUCUACUGUUUAUUUCAUUCGAGUAUCGCAAAGUGAUCUCGCUUUGGAACAAAGAGCACGAUAUGAUAAUGAAACAAGUGUCACUAUUGCUUAUCGACAAUUUAUUUACGAUUUAGCAUCUUUGUUAACGAAUGUUACGAACACGACUCAGUUGCAGCAAGAUGUGGUUGACAUUUUCGAAUUUGAAAAGAAUAUUUCACGACAUCAUCUAACACCGGCAGAGCAACGUGCUAAACAAAAUGAAACUGUUCGUACAACGAUCGGUAAUCUCUCGCAAACUUUCACCACCGAUUUUGAAUUCACCAAUUAUUUACGACAAGUUUACUUAUCAGCAGGUGUCACAUUGAAUGACAAUGACAUUGUUUCAAUCAGUGAUUUGGAUUUUCUACGAAAUGCAUCGAAAAUCGUAUCACAAUCACAAAUUCGCGUUAUUCAGAACUAUGUUAUAUGGCGUUUUGUCAUGAAUCGCGUUUCAGAUUUACCCAAACGUUAUCGUUUGACACGAGAAGCAUUUGAUCGGGAAUUUCGAGGUACCAGUUCACAGCGCGCACGUUCAAUCGUCUGUGGAAGUUUUGUUAAUAACAACAUGGGAUUUGCCGUAUCAAAAGUUUAUGUCGCUCGAUACUUUGAUGAAAAUGCCAAAAAUCAGUCAUCAGAAAUGAUUAGCAACAUUCGAAAUGCUUUUAUUGAUAUGGUCCAAAGCUCAACAUGGAUGGAUGUGGAUUCGAAAAAGAAAGCUAUAGAAAAAGCCAAGGCUAUCGAUGAACAGAUUGGUUAUCCAAAGUAUGUUGGCGAUAGUAAUACAACCGAAUUGGAACGGAUGUAUUCUACCUAUACUUUCAAUGGAUCAUAUAUCUCCAAUGUAUUGAAACUGUUACAAAUCAAGUCUCGAGAAAGUCUUCAGCGACUUCGUGAAACGGUAGAUCGAAAAGCGUGGGGUACAAGUCCACCGACUGUUGUCAAUGCUUUUUAUACUCCAUCAAGAAAUCAGAUCAGUUUUCCCGCUGGUAUACUUCAGACACCGUUUUUUCAUAAGGACGCACCAAAAUAUCUUAACUAUGGCGGAAUUGGAGCAGUUAUUGGCCAUGAAAUCACCCAUGGUUUCGAUGAUAAUGGUCGUCAGUUUGAUAAAGAUGGAAACCGUGUACUUUGGUGGUCGCAAGCGACUAUCGAUAAGUUUAUUGAGCUUAAAACAUGUAUAGUUGAUCAAUACAGUAAUUAUACUGUCGCUCAGAUCAAUAAAACAGUGAAUGGUAGUCAAACUCAAGGAGAAAAUAUAGCAGAUAAUGGUGGAAUAAAAGAAGCAUUUAAUGCUUAUAAAAAACUAUCCUUAACAACAAAUGACAUAAAUCUCCCUGGAUUGAAAAAAUAUACGAGCGAACAAUUGUUUUUCAUCUGGUUUGCUCGCAUUCGUUGUUAUGCAGAAUACAAUGAUUACGUAGCGUAUUCUUAUCGAAAUUGGGCGAAAACGAAUGGAAAUGUCGAUAGACGACUACCCGGUUUGACUAAGUAUUCAGCUGAACAGUUGUUUUUUAUUAACUACGGACAAGUUUGGUGCUCGAAAAUGACAAAUGCCAAUGCAUUGAAUAGAGUUCUCACAGGCGUCCAUUCACCUGGCCAAUUCAGAGUUAUCGGUCCAACGUCGAAUUUUGAAGAAUUCGCGACAGUGUUCAGUUGUAAACCUGGUCAAAACAAUAGUCCAGUGAACAGAUGUAGUGUUUGGUAA